AUGCGGCGGCUGCGGGGCGGGCUGGAUCUGCGCGUGCGCCCGGUGCUCUUCUGGCUCGCGCUGUGCUCGGCGGCGGCGGCCCGGGGGUCACAGCACGGCAUCCCGCUCGGAGUGGUGAAACUGUGGGCUUCAGCAUUCGGUGGUGAAAUCAAAUCCAUCGCCACUAAAUACUCUGGCUCACAACUGCUGCAGAAGAAAUGUAAGGAGUACGAGCGCACGGUUCGGAUGGAGGAAGCUGAUGGAGCUAAGCUGGUGCAGAGCAUCUCUGAGAAGAUGGCUGAAAUGUUCCGCAGCAAAGCUCAAGCCGCGCGGAGGCUGGUGGAGGCGGCGGAGGAGGCGCACUUACAGCACGAGGAGAAGCCCGACCUGCAGUACGAGUACUUUAACGCCGUCCUGAUAAACGAAGUGGAUGAAGACGGGAACAGUGUGGAGUUGGGAGGAGAGUUCAUCCUGGAGCCGAACGAUCACUUCAACAACCUGUCAGUCAACCUGAGCCUGAGCGUGGUGCAGGUCCCGACUAACAUGUACAACAAGGAUCCUGACAUAGUGAACGGCGUGUACUGGUCCGAGGCUCUGAACAAAGUAUUUGUGGAUAAUUUCGAGAAGGACCCGUCUCUCAUCUGGCAGUAUUUUGGAAGCGCAAAAGGGUUUUUCAGACAAUACCCAGGUGUGAAAUGGCAUCCUGAUGAACACGGAGUCAUCUCAUUCGACUGCCGCAACAGGAAGUGGUACAUCCAGGCCGCUACGUCUCCCAAGGACGUAGUGAUUCUGGUGGACGUGAGCGGCAGUAUGAAGGGUCUCCGGCUCACCAUCGCCCGGCAGACCGUCUCCACCAUCCUGGACACGCUGGGAGACGACGACUUCUUCAACAUCAUUGCUUACAAUCAGGAGAUUCAUUAUGUGGAACCGUGUCUGAAUGGAACUCUGGUGCAGGCUGACAAAACCAACAAAGAUCACUUCCGAGCACAUCUGGACCGGCUGUUCGCUAAAGGCAUCGGGCUGCUGGGAGAUGCUCUGACUGAAGCUUUUACAGUCCUCAGUGAGUUUAACCAGGCAGGCCGUGGGAGUGUGUGCAGUCGGGCCAUCAUGCUGGUGACGGACGGAGCAACUCAAAUGUAUGACGACGUUUUCGCCAAGUACAACUGGCCCGAGAGAAAGGUGCGCAUUUUCCCUUAUCUGAUUGGACGAGAGUCGGCCUUCGCAGAUAACCUUAAAUGGAUGGCAUGUGCUAACAAAGGUUAUUUUAGUCAGAUCUCCACCUUGGCUGACGUUCAGGAGAACGUGAUGAGGUAUCUGCACGUCAUGAGCCGGCCGAAAGUCAUCGACCACGAGCACGACACGGUGUGGACCGAGGCCUACGUGGACCAGGCGCUCGCCCAGGCUCAUCAGCUUUCUGCACGUCACGGCCCAAACCCAAUGACCACGGUGGCCAUGCCUGUCUUUAGCACCAAGAAUGAAACGAAAAAUCAAGGCAUUCUCCUGGGUGUAGUUGGAAUAGAUAUUCCCAUUCAGGACCUAAUGAAGACCAUCCCAAACCACAAGCUGGGGAUCCAUGGUUAUGCGUUUGCCGUCACUAACAACGGCUACAUCCUCAUGCAUCCAGACCUCCGGCAUUUGUACCAGGACGGUCAGAAGAGACGGAAGGCUCAUUACAGCAGUGUUGAUCUGUCUGAGGUGGAGUGGGAAGAUGCUGACAAUUUUCUUAGGAACGCCAUGGUGAACAGAAAAACAGGCACCUUCUCCAUGGAGGUGAAGAGGACGGUGGAUAGAGGGAAGCGUGUUCUGACGAUGCACAAUGAUUACUACUUUACUGACAUCAGAGGAACCUCAUACAGUGUUGGAGUGGCUUUGUCUCGAGGACAUGGAAAGCACUUCUUUAAGGGAAACGUCUCACUGGAAGCAGGGCUACGGGAUCUUAAUCAGCCGGGUGUGGCUCUGGCAGAUGAAUGGACGUACUGCAACACCGACGAGCAUCAUGAGCAUCGCUACCUGACCCAGGUUCAGGCCAUCAAACUCUACCUAACUGGCCGCAAACCCCACCUCAAGUGUGACAGGGAGCUGAUCCAACAGGUUCUGUUCGACGCCGUGAUCACCGCUCCACUCAAGGCCUACUGGACCGGCCUCGCUCUCAACAAGUCAGAGAAUCCUGAUAAAGGAGUAGAGAUCGCUUUCCUCGGCACUCGGACCGGCCUCUCCAGAACCAACCUUUUCGUGGUCCCGGAGCAGCUGUCCAAUCAGGAUCUAUUGAGAGCAGAGGAUAAGGAGGGCGUCUUUAAUGCGGAUCACUUUCCCCUGUGGUAUAAGAGAGCGGCAGAGCAAAUUCCUGGCACCUUUGUCUACUCCAUUCCCUUUAGUGCAGCACAGGACAAUAAGAGUGUGGUGUUAGCCAGCACUGCUAUCCAGCUCUUGGAUGAGAGGAAGUCUCCAAUAGUGGCCGCUGUCGGGAUUCAGAUGAAACUGGAGUUCUUCCAGAGGAAGUUUUGGACAGCCAGUCGGCAGUGUAAUGCACUGGACGGGAAGUGCAGCAUCAGCUGUGACAACGAGGACAUUAAGUGCUACCUCAUCGACAACAACGGCUUCAUUCUGGUGUCGGAGGAUCACACUCAGACGGGACUUUUCUUUGGAGAGGUGGAGGGGGCCGUCAUGAACAAACUGCUCAUCAUGGGCUCGUUUAAAAGGAUCACUCUGUAUGAUUAUCAGGCUCUGUGUAAGGAGUAUGUAGGCAGCAGUGACAGCGCACGUACUUUACUGAACCCGUUUGCUGCUGUGAAGUGGCUCAUUGGUGAAAUUAUCCUAUUUCUGCUAGAGUUUAACUUCUACAGCUGGUGGAGUUGGAACUCAAGUGUAAAAGCUGACAGGAUGAACAAGAGGACAAUGCUGGUUCCGUGUGAUAUGGAGUAUCCAGUGUUUGUCUCAGAGCGCACGAUCAAAGAGACGGCUGGAAGCAUUGACUGCAAUGGCUGCAUCAGGACAUUUGUCAUACAGCAGAUCCCCAGCAGUAACCUCUUCAUGGUUGUUGUGGAGAAUAAGUGUGACUGUAGCUUCACUCCUUCAGUUACCAUGGAGCCCAUUGAGAUUAUCUACAACGAGUCUCUUAAAUGCGAGACGUUGAAGUUUCAGAAAGACCGCAAACGCCCUGACUCCUGUCACCCCUUCCAUCCUGAGGAAAACGCCAUGGAGUGCGGUUCAGCCAUGACCCUUUCCCCCGCGCUAACUGCCGGGCUAAUCCCCCUGCUGCUCAUCGUUGUUUCCAGGUGACCUUUGACGUGACCUUCGACCAUCAAGCCACGGGAAAGAUUGACCUCAGCUAAAAGCUAAUGCUAAUCGGGGGAUGAACGCAAAAGUAACAGUUCAAACGCAGCUUGCUGACAGAAUCAAACUCAUCCUUAUGACCUCACAACUGAAACCUGCUGACACUUUACAGGCUUGGUGACCUUCAUAUGACCUUUAAGAAUGUCCACGUGUAAAGAGACUAAUCGGGAAUGUGCGAGACCCAAACGCUGGAAAAGUCUUUCUUAGAAUUCAUUGUAAUGAGUUACUGAGAAGACUCCAGGCACUGUGGUGUAAAAAAAAAAUAAAAAAUAAGUGCAAUGGCAGCCAUUUUGUAGUUAGCUAGCAACCUGCUGGAAAAUUAGCAGCUAACUAGCAGCUAAAAAGAUUUUACCCACUAUCUCCAUCUCUAAAGUUUGGCACAGGGACACUCAACAUGCCCGACUAUCUGCUUAUUAAAUGACAGAAUUAUAUUAUGUUAUGUUUGUGACCAAAUUAAUGUAAACUGCCUCUAAGCGUAACAGCUAAUGUAUGCUAGCAGGAUUAAACGCAGUCCGACAGCCAUCACAAAUAAAACGGGGACAUCUUGUUAGAGUGGAUUCUCUGCACUCUUUCGUUUAAUAUACUAGCUUAAUAAAAGAAUAGAGGUAUGAAUUUAUGGUUUGGGACAUGACCUUGUUUCUUUAGCCAUGAGUCCCAUGUCAUGCGGGAGACAAGCGUGCUUAUGGAAAAUCACUGCUGUUUAUAAAUUAAUUUAAAAUUCAGUAUGUUACUGUUUAUAAACAACUUUAAAAAAAACUUUAAUUUGUAAAUUAUAUUCUCAUUCGUCUGCCUGACAUUUUUGUACACGCUAUAAUUUAAUAAAAGGAAAUAAACAUGCAUGAAGUGUGAAAACUUACAAAAUACUCUACAGAAAAAUGCAAAUAAAAAAAAAAAUCUUAAUUGCACAAGAAUGCCUGCUUAAUAUUAACAACAACAAAAAUAAUAAUAAUAAAGAAAAGAUAAUGUCUUUUAAGUAAUUAAAUCUAUACCUCAAAA